AUGUAUUCAUCUUCUUCAGUUCAAGACAUGCCUGAUUUCCAAAGAGAAACCAAAGAAAUCAUGGCAUCAAUUAGACUGCAAGAAGAUGAAAUUAAAAGUAAUAGAAAAGAAUUAUUUGAAUCAAUUAAGAAAACUCAAGAAAUGAAGUGUAUUUAUUCAUUAAGUUCAGGAUAUUUCCUUCACAUUAAUGAUAACAUCCAACAAAUUGCUAAUCUUCCAUUUGUUCAGCCAGGAAAAUUCGUAGUAUACAAAAGGUUAAUUGAACUGACAAAUUUAGGCUCAUUACGAUCCGAAAUAACCCGAUUUUUAUCAGGUAUUUACAAAAAUAGUGACAAAUUACCUUUAAUUUUUGCGAAAUUACAAACAACAUCUAUUAAAAAUCCUGUUCCUUUUCUACCAAAGCAUACAGAACCAAAUCAUUUCUUAGCUUUCUCGACUCUACCAGCAUUAUUUGGUCAUUGUUGGACAUCUGAUUUAAGAUAUUCUUAUAUAAACUUUCUAAUCAAAAUAUGCGAAAAAAUUCCAUACGACAGUAUUCAACAUCAUUGGAUUCUUGAUUGUUUUAAGCAUUACAUUCAUUCCUCAGAUAUUCAGACUUUUUUGAGAGAAUCUAUUGGAGAUUAUCUCUUAGAUUUGAUACGAGAUACAACACUUGACUUAAUACAGCAAGCAGGACAAAAAGAACUAUACGAUCGAAUAAUUCCAGUUAUUGAAAAAAUAAUUUCAAAAAUGAAUGCAAAUAUCGAUUUAAUUCCCAUGGAUGUUCGUUUACUCAUUCGUAAAUUUGCCGAUUUGGCACUAGAUGAUGCUCAAUGGCUCAAAAGAGUUGAAGAUCUUUUUUGUAAAAGUAUUUUAGCGCCAGCAAUCAGUUUUCCUAAGGUUUAUGGGGUAAUUCUUCCAACCAUUAACCUAAAAGUUGCAAGUAAUGGAGUUGCAAGAGCAUUACAAAUUAUUGCCAGUCUUUUAUUGGUUAUUCUUCAUCCAGGACAAGCAGAAUUCCGCUAUCCAGGCUUAGAUGUCGAGAGACUAUCCCGUCUUCCAUUCGAAUCCUUCCUUCGCUCUAUGAUGAACUUUAAAUGCGAAUCACUUAGCGGAUUAACAUGUACAAGCCUUUUACCAUUACUCGGAAUGCAUAAUACUAGUUUUAUAUUCAAUGUCCAAGACGUUGCAAUGCUUGCACAUGUUCUAAAGAUUGUUUCGAAAGAAGAUCAAGAAAUUGCGAAACAAGUUUUGCCAUUAAUUUCAAAAAUACCAGUUGACCAGCCUCUAGACAUGACAUUCUUCAGAUAUGAUCUAUGGGAUGUCCAAAAUAUUGGUGUAGAAAGGCCAGACAUCAAAGUAAAUACUCUUGAAAGUGCAAAAAACAAAGAAUUACAAGCGAUUUCUAAGUCUAUCUUCAAUUUCUUGCCACAAUCACAAGAAAUACCUUUCUCUCCUCAUGAACUCUUCCCUUUCCUUAAGUUCCAUGCUGAACAUGCUGCUCUUGGCUUGAAUACUCAUGAAAUUUGUUAUAUAAACAAUGUAAUGCAUAAAAUGAAGGAAGUUCCCCACGAAAAAAGUGACGAAAUAAUCGUCGCGCUUGAAGAUGAAAUGCGAAGGCACAAAGCAUAUUCAAAUAGGAACUCCACAUUGUUAACACAGAUAGCUAUAUCACUUGCAGAAGUUAAUAGCUUAAAGGCAUCGUAUAUUGCGAAGAUUGAUGACCAAUUACCUUUUCUUCAUGAAAAAUUAUUCGAAUUAUUCCAUGAUAAUGAGAAUUCCGAAGAAAGGUUUAAGUCAAAAUUUGUUUCAAUAGUCAUAUGCCACUCAUCCUUUGUUGAUUUCUUCACAGAAGAGUUGGCAAAGUUGAAAACUUUCCUUGAUCCAAUUGCAUCUUUCGCGUUUAGUGGUGUUGCGAAACUAAUGCAUACAUAUAUGCUUCAGAAGAUUGGUGUAAAGAAGUUUAGUAGCUACCAUACACUAUACCAAGCAACAGAUGAACUGUUUGAAAGAUUAUCUGACAAAGAUCUUCUUGAUUUAUGUAUAACUGAGCAUACAGAUGAAAAUGUUAGCUAUUUUAUUAAGAACCAAGAGAGUUUUGUCUAUGCAACGAACAUUUUCUUCGAUGCAAAUUUUAUUGAAAUUCCAAUUGAAGCAAUAAAGUAUAUUAGGAAUGCAUUUGGCAUUAUUAGAAAGACUUAUGCUUUGUAUAAUGGAAAUCAACCAACAGAUUCCGAGAUUGAACCAAUAAUUUAUUAUUUAUUGCUCAAAUCUCAUGUUAGUAACAUUUUUACUUUUGUUAAAUAUCUUGAACAUUUCCUUGAUGGAUAUCCUUGCAAUACAGUCAUAACUUCUGAAGAAUAUGGUGCAUUGAAAUCUUUAGUUAAUUAUAUCACUUAUUUAGAUUCUAAAGUUUCCACAAAAUUGAUUUAA